UUCUCGAUCCCUCUUAGCAUCCUGAGGGCUUUUACUUUUGCAGAAGCUUCGUUACAGUAAUUUGAUCACAACAAAAAAGGAUCAAUAAGCAAUCUCGCUCUACAAGCAAAGAACAUGUAAAGCGAUUCCACAUGGAACAGGAUACUAACCGCUUGAUUCUAGAAGCUGGUUCGGUAAUAUGCCUAUGAGAUGAAAUUUUCUUGUUUCAGUCGAAAUUGUAGAUAAAUGGAUGCUUCAAGCUGUGCGCCAGUGAGUCUUCCUGAAGGACCUAAUCACACCAAUUUACGGAGGGUCCAAUCAACUUUUUUUAAGGCACCUUCCCUUUACCUUUUGGAAGAGACAAAGGAGGCUAGAAUUAACUUCCUGAGAUUAUGUGUGCCUCUAUACAAAUAUGCAUUGGAAGGCAAUUGGGAAAAGGCUAAGCCCAUGUUGAUGCAAGAUACAAAGCUUCUGAAUGCUGCUAUAGCAAAGGAAUGGCCAACAGUACUUCAUGUAGCAGCAGGAGCAGGACAUUUUCACUUUGUGAAGGAGCUUGUGAACCUGAUGAAUGAGAGUGACUUGGAUUUGGAUUUACAAGACUACAAGGGAAACACUGCCUUCUGCUUUGCUGCUGCAGCAGGAAACAUGGAGAUUGUUGAGUUAAUGCUGCAAAAAAAUCCAUCUUUGCCUAAAAUUAGAGGUAGAAAUGGUUUCACGGCUCUUCUUUUUGCUGCUUUACAAGGAAGAGCUGAUACGGUACGAUACCUAUACUCUAUGACUACUGAAAUUUUUGAUGAAGCAGACUGGAAUAAGUUGUUCCUCACUUGCAUUGACUCUGGUAUUUAUGAUUUAGCAUUGGAAAUGCUGAGAGAAAGGCCUAAACUUGCAAUGGCAACAGAUGAGGAUGGAAUGACAGGUUUGCAUAUCUUGGCUCAGAAGGAGAUAGAUUUGGAAAGUCAUAGCGCAGAACAUCAAAGUGAACUUCCAAGUUUAGGUAUAAUGCAUGGUGUUGCGCUUCAACUUGUUGAUUCCAUGUGGAGAGGAAUUCUCAAUCAAGUAGACUCAGAUUUACAUAUGAGAGACAUCAUUAGUCAACCAUCACAACUGUUAUUUGAUGCUGCAAAAGUUGGAAACUUUGACUUUUUAGAUGAGCUUUUGAAGUCAUUCCCAGAUUUAAUAUGGGAGUUGGACGAUAAGAAUCGAAGUAUAAUUCAUGUUGCUGUUUUAUAUCGUCAUGCUAACGUCUUCAAUCUCAUUCAUGAAGUAAGUGCAAACAAGGAUACCAUAUUGUCAUACAGAGACACAGAUGACAGAAAUAAUAUAUUACAUUUGGCGGCAAAAUUGGCACCAACCAAUCGACUUCAGUUGGUCUCCGGAGCUGCUUUUCAGAUGAAGCUUGAAUUAUUAUGGUUUGAGGAGGUAAAGAAGAUGAUGUCACCAUCAUUUGUAAAGAUGAAAAAUAUAAAAGGUGAAACUCCUUCUGAGUUAUUCACUAAGGAGCACUCCGAAUUACAAAAAGAUGCCGAGUCAUGGAUGAAGAGAACAACUAAGUCAUGUAUGGUUGUUUCAACUCUGAUUGCAACUGGAGUGUUUUCUGCCGGAUUUAGCAUACCUGGUGGCACCAACGAUGAUACAAGAGUUCCAAAUUAUUUGGGAGAACGAUCAUUCAUGAUAUUUGCAAUAUCAGAUGCUAUUGCAUUGAUCUCAUCUUCAUCCUCCAUACUUGUUUUCUUGUCUAUUCUUAUCUCACGUUAUGCAGAGUAUGACUUUUACAAGUCCCUGCCCUCUAAGCUGAUAUUUGGAUUGGUAAUGCUCUUCGUCUCCAUAACAAGCAUGAUGAUAGCAUUCAGUAGUGCUUUCUUCGUGACAUAUGGCCAUGGGUUAAAGUGGGUUCCUAGCUUCAUUUCUAUGCUUUCCAUUUUGCCGAUUGUCAUUUUUUUAAUUCUAAAAUUUAAACUUUUUUAUGAUACCAUUUACUCAACAUUUUACUUAAGAUCUUUGUUCUGGCCAAGCAAACAUGUGCUUUACUAGCUAGAACAUAGAGAACGUCUAAUCAAGAGCUGAUGUAUAUGUGUAUAUC